UAGUUAAGUUGCAUUUAAACUCCUUUAAUAUUUUUCUUAUUUGUUCUCAUUUUCUUUCUUUCUUUCUUCCUUCCCAGAACUUUACAGCAGAGACUAUGAAUAUUUGCAUUGAUAUCUUAUAGACUUAUACUACCAUUUGCCGCUUCUCACCACUACCUAUCUCUCUCUUCCAUCCUCUCUCUCUCUCUCUCUCUAAAGAGAUGUAAACUUGUUUCUUGCUUCAAUCUUAUGCAUCCUAUUUUUCAAAAAAAAAAAAUAGAAAAUAGAAAAUAAACAUUUUCUAACAAGUUUUCAUUUACUCUCCUUCUUUUCCCCUUAGACUUAGGCAGAGAUAAAGUAGCUUUUGUAUCUUCGGUUUUUCAUGAAAUUAGAAAAGAAACAAAACACAUCCACAUAUAAUUAAUAGUACAAAUAUAUAUAUUUUGUAGACAGGAUCCCUUUCUUGUUUGUUUCUUUCUUUCUCUGUCAAUUGUGAUUGAGCAACAAUAUAUAAUAUUCUUAGUGUUUGAUAUAUAGACCCAGUUUCCAUAUCCAUGGCGAUUCAUCAACAACAUGAACCCACUAGUGUUGUCAGUUUCUUCAAGAUCAUUUGUCGUUGGCAUAUUCUAGAUGAGAAGAUUAAGCUUCCAAUGGAAUUCACAAACAAGUGUGGAUUGAAACUCCCAAAUCCAGUUAUUCUGAAAGUUGUAGAUGGCAACCAAAAGAAAGUGCAUUGGACCAAAAUUAAUGGUUCCAUUUGGUUUAUUGGGAAGGAAUGGAAAGAGUUUCUUGAGAACUACUCUGUCUCACACGGUCACCUUUUGUUGUUCAAAUAUUGUCUUGUGACUUCAUACUUUGGGGUCCAAAUAUUUGACAGCACCACUCUUGAAAUUAACUACCCUUACCAUGAACUCAACUAUGAUGAUUAUGAAGAUUAUUAUGAUGAAGAUGAUGAUGAUGAUGAUGAAGAUGUUGAUGAUGUUGUGAAGCUUCAAUAUGAUCAAUAUCAAUUGAAAGAUAAAAGUGAGAGUAUUGCGGAUGCUAUAAGAAGUGACAGACUAGAGAGAAAAGAUAGCAACCCCAGUUUCGAGGUUGUCAUGCCGGAUUCAUAUAUCAAUGGGGGAAGAUGCAUGGCCGUACCUUCUAAUUUUGCAAGGGAGUACAUGAAAGAAGGAGGAUACCUACUAAGAGUGGCGGAUGGGAGGACAUGGAAAGUGAUGUACAAGACUUGGAGUGGAGAUGGGAUGGCUUGCAAGAAGUACAAACUGCAAAAGGGUUGGGCCAAGUUUAGCCAAGGAAACAAGUUAGAGAAGAAUGAUGUCUGUGUCUUUGAGCUGGUUAAUAACAAUUGCAAUGGUAGUAGCUCCACCAUCAUACCAACCUUCAAUGUUCUAAUCCACCGUAACCACAUCGGUAGCAGCUAUUGAUGAUGCCUAAGCUAGUUUAUUAUGUAUGUAGUUUAAUUUGUUCUUCUCGUGUUAGUUGUGACUAGAUUGUGUGUUAUGACAUUAUAUAUGAUACUAUUAUUAUAAUGGUUUGGUGGUUUUUA